CCUAAGAGUGAUGCCAGAGAGAAACUCUCUUUAAAAUAGUGUCUGGAUAAUUGUUCUAGAAUAACAUUAUGAGAGUUGGCAUGUAACGGGACAAAAACAUUUCUAAUAAUAUUACUAUUACAGUUAUAAAAUCUAAUUAUUACCUCUCAACGAAGUUAAAGUUUAAUAAAUAUUGUGAAAUCAAAAAAUUCUUGACAAGCUUUCUAGCUCUUCAAGUUUAAUGACACAUGAAAGAUGAGUAAAAAAAAGCAUAGGUGAAUAAUGCGUGUUCUACUGCUCACAUCACCAGCAGCAGCACUACAGCCGGUAGCACCAUCACUAUCAUCAGCAGUAUCACCAAUAGUAACAACAGUAGCCCUUACAAUGGAGACCAAAGUAACAAGCAAAACAGGUAGCCUAAAGGCACUUCUACUUCGUGCUUGGCGCGAACGCUGGAGUGAUCUACAAUGGGGGAUAAAUAUAAAAACGAUCCUUCCUCGUGGAGUGAGUGGAGAUGUAUAUAAUCUGGCAGAUUGCAUACUUCAACAGGCUCUAGUAGGGCCUGGACCAAACGAGUUAAUUCUCUCAUACCUCAAACACUCAUUGAGUUCACAAUUAGUCUCAUAUGCUGCUGUGCUCCAACGAAUCAGUAAAUACGAUGGCUUUCAUAAGCCUCAUUGUAUCAUUUGUCUAUUAGAAUUUCUGGAAACAAUUCAAGUGGGUAUAACAUGUCGAGGAAGGCCGGAGGAAGAUUUUUUGGCUGCCUCUGUAUUAUCAAUUGUUCAUUGGUUACUCGACUGCUAUAUACAAAACUUGAUAAAACUACCCCAACAGACAACGACAAUUGGCCAAGCUAUCAAUUUAACGGAAAAGCCAGCGAAUAUUUUGAAGCAAAUGUUGAGUUCGGAUUUUCUGUGUGCUAUGAUAUAUCUUGCUAAGCAUGAUGAUCGAGAUCUCUAUCUUGAAGUUGUAAAAAAAUGUCAAGAGAUUGAGGCUUAUCACAAAACAAAUGGGCCAAAGUCACCACCGAUUGAGGAGUCAUUGAAGAAAUUGAUAAAUUUUGAAAUUGAUAGUGUUAUUCUGCCACUUUCUGCAGAUCCUCCAGUGGAAUCUAUAACCUAUUGUUUACAGCCAAUGUUUGUUGUUCAAGUAUUAUUGAAUGCUAGUACUGAAACAACAAUAUUUGUCAAUCAAUUCCUCAUGAUUCAAAGAUUGAAAGGCUACAGUAAUGCCCGAUUAUAUUGUGAAAUAAUAAGAGCUUGUUUAAUGUGUCUGCAUAAUGCUAUUGGAACAGUUAAAGAAUCGCAGUGGGGAGCAGUGACUUUUCUAAAAUUACCUUCAAUAUUGAGAGAUCUUCAUGUCAAUACACUAUCCAAUCAAGAUGAAAAAUUUGAAUACUCUCAGGAUAUUGUGGAUGCAUUUGAACUUAUUUUUCAACUUACACCAUUGUUGGAUAUUAUGGAUGCCACAUGUUCGUGCAACAGUAUCGAGUGUCUUCUCACUGAGCUGCAGAAAGUUAAUUUAGUAACGGAUAAACAUGUUAAACAAUUGAGUGGACGUAGAGAAGGGAUUGUAGCAGCUCUGCAAAAAUUAGAAUCAUCAAGCUCACCGACAUCAUCCAUUAUGAAAGUAAUAAUACGUGCUGAGCCAACAUUAGCUGGUAUAUUGAAAACAUUGAGUGCUGAUUAUACUAAGAUUCAAGAAGCAUUACUGAGUAUGUUGUGUCAGGUUCUUAAUGGUAAAAGUUUAGAUUUGAUGUUAUCAGUGGCGACUGUGCAAGGUUCUCUCAAGACUUUAGUAUCAAAAUUGAUAAAAUUCAAUGAGUGCAGCAAGCAAAUCAACGAGCCUGUGCCAGGAAAAACAGCAGCUACCAGAGCCAUGCUUUUUGAUAUAUCAUUCCUCAUUUUAUGCUGCAUUGUACAAACCUAUGGCUCCGACAUUGUUCUCGAAGAGGGUGGAGAUUCAUUCUUUGAGCAAUGGGUGCGAGAGUGUAUGCCAGAGAAAAAUAAGCCAAAGUCACCGCAAAAAAUGCUUCACAAUAUAGACAGUACACGGGUCGAUGCCCUUUUAACCCAAAUAACAUCAGCCGAGCCUGAUUUCAAAUCAAGUAAUGUCAAAUGGCACGUUACUUGUCAAAGUGCUAUGGGUGUUGUUCGGGAAUUACUGUGUGCUUGGGAAGGUGGAGUUUUGAGUGCUGCUGAUGUUAAAAGAGCACUCGAUGGACUGAGAUCAGCGGCUUGUUGUCUACCUGUUAGUGCAACUGCUUGGCUAUGCGCUCAUAUGGGUAUUACCCAUGAAGAUGCUCGACUUAAACCUCUGAACAUGGUACAGCAAUUCGUAACACCCCUCCCUAAUGAUGAAAUGCAGGAUAAUUUCAAACACGAUACAUCCAGUCUUAUGUUUCAAAUCAUAAGGAAAAUGCAGUACGACGUUCAUCCACCAACUCAAUCAAAAACAAAGGCUCUCACGGUGUCUCAUAGUAUUAUUUCCAAGCAACCGAUAUUGGAGCAAUUGCAAUCUGUGUGGCAAGAUAUUCAAGAACGUGGUUGGAUCACCAUUCAGUCCACACAAACAUUGGAAUCUCUUCUCAACACUGGUGGCACUCUUUGGUUCGUUGCCAAUCUCGUCAAGGAAUCAUUGAAAUUCAGAAAUCGCGAGGAACUCGAUCGUGCCAUCGAUCUCGUAUUUGCCAUCUUCCAUUUAGAUAUUGAACACUGCACUAUCAAUUUGCUCAAUCACGUACUGCCACAGUACCUGUACAAUUCAUUGCAAGGUGAGGAAUUAGUGGAGCCGCAGUCAUUUCAAUUGGCUAAACUCUGCGUUUAUUCUAUUCUCUCGACUCUGGAAUAUAAUAAUUCCAAUCCUGAAAGAUGUAAUAAUCGAAAACGAACUCGACGCGAUAUGGAAUCCGAGGAAUUGGAGAAUCUAUGUGGCCAACCGGCUAAUAAAAUAUUACGACUCAAUGAAGCUGGUGAUUCGAAUACUCUAUUUGGAUCGAAUUCACCCCAAGCACAGGGACCAACAAAUGGCCAAAAAUCAACUGUCCUGAGGGAUCCACUCAUGAGUACACUAAACGACUUGUUCAAGUCAUUCAGUUACUUGGCAGGACGGGAUGGCGAAGUAUCACAGCAGACGCAUUUUAUUUUGCAAUUUUUCAAAAUUAUGGUGCAUUGUGGCAAAGACCGAACUCGUGUUGUACUUCAAGCCAUUCCACAAACCCUCAUCCCCUGUUUACUCAAAGCCUUACCAGAGCUCUUCACAACAGAUCUUCUGCUUAGGCUCUACGACAUUCAGACAGUUCCUGGAAGAAAAGCUAUGGCUAGAGAUCUGUGUAUGCUGAGAAAUAUUAAUUUAAAACCAAUUAAAUGAAUUUUUCUAUGCAAUAGGAAUCAACAUGUUCCCUUGACGAGUGAAAACCAAUGUAAACUUGUUGUGUGAGUAAACAAAUUGUUUAAGGAUCAAA